ACUCUCUGGAUCUGUGUGUUUAUUGAGUCAUUGUUAGAGAUGCGGUGGUCCAUGUGUAGAGCUAGUGCUGUCACUGAGCAAGGAAUGUUGCAAAAGAGAAGACAACCGUUAUAAUAUGACCACAAAAAAACUGGCCAGAGGGCAGACUGGCAGGAGCACAGUAAGAUAAAUUAACGAGAAGCUAUAAAUUGAUGGAGACAUGAGAGGGUAGAAUCUGGCACAUUUGCUGAAGCUUUGGAGUGACUGAAGAAAACUGAUGGACAGAAAAGAAAGAAGACAGACAGACACCAAAGGUCAGAGAUGGCACAGAUUGAUGGAAGAUGGCACAUUCCAACUGACACAUCUGCUGAAACAGUAAAGAAUGUAUGAUGGACAAAAGGACAACAAAGUGACAAUGUUUUUUUUCUGCUGACAACUGAUGACGCAAGUAACGGUUCUGUGGGAUGACACGCAGAAAUGGCACCAGCACCAAAACAAAUAUGGAGCAUAAUACGCUGACAGUUGGCUGCUAAUGAGUGUGGGACAAAAAGGACAUAUGAUGAGAAUGGGCAGAUUGUCACUAGCUAAGCAUGCUGGGAUAGCAGAACUGGAUACUGAUUGACUGACUAACGGACACUGUCAGUAACUAGUAAGACCCCAGCGACAGCUGGUUGUCUCUAAGCAUGCUGGGACACUGGAUUUGCCAGAGAUGUUACAGCUAAAUAUGCUGGGACAUUGGAAACAAUACAGCUGUCUGUCAGAGCAGUGAGGAUGAAGAGACGAGGCCAGACCAGAGGCCAGAGGUUUGUCAAGGCAGACUACUAUGAGCUGGACUGGUACUAUGAAGAGUGUACUGAUGUACUGUGUGCUGACAGAGUGGGCCAGAUGACGAAGACCUACAGUGACAUUGAUGCUGUCACUCGACUACUGGAAGAGAAAGAGCGUGACUUGGAGUUAGCAGCUCGUAUCGGACAGUCACUGCUGAAGAAAAACAAAGCUCUCAGUGAGAGGAACGAACUGCUGGAGGAGCAAGUAGAGCACAUACGAGAGGAGGCAUCUCAGUUGCGUCAUGACUUGUCUAUGAAAGAUGAGCUGUUACAGUUCUAUACCAGCGCUGCCGAGGAAAGUGAGGGGGAGUCUACCACCUCCACACCUGUGCGUCCCAGUGAAACCAAUGUGUCAACUCCAACUUUUUUCCCCCUGGAUUCCUUGCAGAAGAAACUCAAAGAUCUGGAGGAAGAAAACAAAUCAUUGCGAUCUGAGGCCAGUCAUUUGGAGACAGAAACUGUCUCCUAUGAGGAGAAAGAGCAGCAGCUUGUCAAUGACUGUGUUAAAGAACUACGUAAUUCCAACCUGCAGAUUUCCUCUCUGGCUGAAGAGCUGGCCAGGAAGAGUGAUGACGCCUCCAGACAGCAGGAGGAGAUCACACACCUCCUCUCCCAGAUAGUGGACCUCCAGAAAAAGGCCAAGAUGUAUGCCGUGGAGAACGAGGAGCUGACUCAGCACUUAGGUGCAGCCAAAGAUGCCCAGCGACAACUCACUGCUGAGUUGCGAGAGUUACAAGAUAAGUAUGCAGAGUGCAUGGAGAUGCUUCAUGAGGCUCAGGAGGAGCUGAAGAACCUGAGAAAUAAAACUCUACCACUGAGUACACCAAGGCGUUUCCAUUCUCUGGGUCUGUUCCCAAUGGAUUCUCUGGCAGCAGAAAUAGAGGGCACCAUGAGGAAGGAACUUCAGAUGGAUGAUCCAGACGUAGAAGAGCAAAGACUGCAACCAAAGCGAGUGUUCCAGACAGUGAAAAACCUGAACCUGAUGCGUCAGCAGCGUUCACCACUAGCCCCCUCCCCCCUCAAUAUCCCAGGCUCCAAUCAGACAUCAUGCCUCACCUCAGGGCGCUCCAGCAGGGUGGGCACGCCGUGCCCCAACACCAUAUAUGGUAGUGAGAUGGGAAGUGGGCUCAUCCUGGACAACAGGACUAGCAGCAUCCUAGAGAGUCCAGACGAUGGGUCAGAGGACUCUAACAAGCGGCCCCCUGGCACCCCAGGGACCCCGGGCAGCAGGGACCUGGAGGCAGCCCUGCGGCGCCUGUCCCUCCGCCGCGACAACUACCUCUCAGAAAAACGCUUCUUCGAGGAGGAGAGGGAGAGAAAGCUGGCUUACCUGGCCAAAGAGGAAGAAAAGGGAGGUGGGGGGAGUAGUGGAGGCCCAGGAACACCGACGGAGAGCCUGUUGUCGCUGUGCUCGCACCCCUCCUUGGGAAGUGUCUGGUCGGGAUACUCAUUCACAUCGAGAUCCUACCUACCGGAGAAGCUGCAAAUAGUAAAGCCGCUAGAAGGCUCUGCUACUCUCCAUGCAUGGCAGCAGUUGGCUCAACCCCACAUGGGUGCUCUGUUGGAUCAUCGGCCUGGUGUGGUCACAAAGGGCUUCCGCACUUUAGUGCACGAGCAGGAACAGGAAGACAGCUGGCAGCUGGACCAGCCAGAGGAGGACGAACUUUCAUGCGACUCAUUUGCUGGCUUGUCGGGAGAGAGCUCUGCUCCCAUGGAUCUGCCUCGCUCUACCUCUUCUCCCUCUGUCUGCUGCAACAAAAAUGGAGACAUCGAUGACAAUAGCCAAUCAGAAACAUUGCAAGGAGAAAUGUGCAGGGAUAGUGAAGCGAUUCAAGUAAAAGACGGACAUGUUGCAAACAUGCCCCUUUCCUACAGCCCCUCCCCUUCUUCUUCUUCUCCUCUCCCCUCUUCUUCCGAGAUGAACGGGCACGUGGACCUCAAGGAGCUCCAGGCCUUACAGCCUGCCACAGUGGACCGUAUGCCUGUUAAUUUUCCAGGGAAGUGUAUGUCCCAUACUAGCUCUACAUACACCUUCACCACCUGCAGGAUUCUCCACCCCUCUGAUCAGCUGACCUCUGUGUCCCCAAGCCCAGCUCUAGCCUCUUGUCAGAGCAGUGCUUGCAUCGGCACUCCUACCCCCAUUUCCUCUCCUAUACCCUUCUCUGCCCCACCUACACCUUCCUACACUCCAUGCUGCACCCCACGCCGCCUCUCCCUCUCUCUCUCACUAGCUGAGUCCUCCACCAACCUUAGGGACUCCACCAAGACCACCAGCACUUCUCUAGGCCUGGUGCGCCUCCUGCUGGAGCAUGGGAUUUCUGCCUCAGUGUAUGACCCCUGCAGCUGGGACCGAGGGUUGGAUGCCAGUGGAGCUUCAACACCCGUGGGAGGAGUGCAAGCGCAGAGGAGCAGCGACACACCAGGGGAGACUGAAGUCAGACGAUUGGGGAAACGCCCAAACACCCUCCUCCUCCAGCCCUCCACCCCACCCAACUCCCCUCGUUUCAAAUCUGCCUCCUCCACCAACACCUGCCCAGUUUUUCACUUCAGCCCUUCCAAUGAUGACCCGCCAUAUUACGACACCUUCCUCGCCUCUAAACCAGCUCGUACCAUUCUGAGGGAAGUGCUGGGGGAGGCAGAGAGGGAGCGAGGGGGGCAAGCAGAUGAUGACAGCCAAACAGAGAUGCUGAAGCUACGACUUGUGGAUAAACUGAAAUGUUUCCGCACCCUCCCCCCUCUUGCUGCUUCCGUUUCAUCUGGGAAUACUCUGUUAGCCCACUUUGGCUCUGCUGGACUGGGGAACAGUGCACUCGGUGGGGGGCUUCCAGGUUUGAAUGCAGGGCUGAGGAGGAAUCGAAGCUAUCCUGCCAUGGUAGGGGCCAGUAUGGCUAUGAAAGACCCAGGAGGCCCCCCCAGCACAGAGAUACUCAUACCACAUACGAUGCAAACCCCACAUACUCAACACACAGUGCACACCCAGGAAAUGGGCAAAAUGCAAAUAAAUCCCACACUGGUCCCAAAGGCCGUACACAUACCACAGACACUACAUGCACUGGAAACAGUCACACCACAGACGAUAAUACAGAGACACACCAGGCCAAAUGACGGACUGUGGGAUUCAACAAGCAAUUACCAACACAGUGAUGAUGAAACUGCAACAUAAUGGAAAAUAUUCAGUGUAUUUGCCCAUAUUACAACACGCUGCAACUAGCAUAUUUUACAUUAACAUACACAUACGACAUUAUUACACAUGUGCACACAAAUUUAUUUCCAAAACCAAAUACCCUACAAAACUGUAUAGACAUCCUUCAGCUAUGGAGUAUUCCCAGACCAAACAGCUACACUGAUGAACAAUACAGUCCACCUACAGACUCUACUAAACAGUAAGUCAUCUUUCCUAACCAGCCCAAACUCCAAUGAUUUAUUUAAACAAUCAUCAGUCUGAUCAGUGUAAACUGAAUGAAAUGCUGGUGAGUAACCCAGUAGUGGCUGACACUGUUACAGUAUGUUAUAUACUGUCAGGCCAGACUCAUGAUGAUGGAGUAUGUUGCCUUCCUCUGUGUCCAUUGUAAUUGUAUAUUGUAUAAGUUGUAUAUGCAGUAUACUGUGUCAUAUAUAGUAUGAUAUUAUUAAAGGCCCAAUCUGGUACUGCAGAGCUUUCCCACAACCCUUUUUUAAGUCUCAUUUUCCUUUUCAACCUGAAUGAGUGCACUAUUGAAAAAAGGCAACAGAUGAAUUUUGAAUUACUUAAGUACUGUAUUGGCCCGAAUAUAAGAUUGUUUUUUCUUCUGAUUAUUUAUGAAGAAAUGGGGGGUAUUCCAGGACUACAUAAUUACUCAUUCACAGCAGAUGUUAGUUAUUUUAAAAAAGUGCUCAUGGGUCGUUUGUAGCCUUAAUGCAGUUCUGUAGAAUCUGAAGAAAGCAUUUUCCCCAUUAACGACACGUCUGCAAAACUGCUGACAGGGCGCACUGUAAACAAGGUCUUUUUAGUCUUUGGCUUUUGAAUUAAAUAUUUGAUGUUUGUAAAAACUUUGUCAGAGUGCACAAAGGGACUACUGCAUUGACUGUGCAUCAUGUUAUCUCAGUGUUCAGUCUAUGGCUGGGCAGAUGGACAGAGAGACUAAUAUCAAAGCCAACCAGGAGGAGGAAAAAGCUUCUCUGCCAUUGUAAAAAUAAAAACAGCCAUACAUAUGUAGUAAAGCUGGCUGCUAGUCCUGAACGGGGUUAGCCUAUUACCAGAGUCUUUAUUUAGCUAAAAUGCUGACCCACUUUAACCAUAUUUGAAUGUUUUGCCACAUUUAAAUAAAAAUACAGUACAGUGGGGGGGAAAAAAAGUUUAAUUUGCCUUACUGGUGAAAUGAAAACAUUGUCAUCUUAUAUUUGGGCCACUAUGGUAUUUUUAAGACUUUAAUGGUUUGUAUCUGCAUUUUAUUGCACCUGAGUUUAAUGGAAGUUUUAAUGUUGGCACUAGAGAUUAUUUUCUACCAGCACUUUUUCCCCCCUCUUUGUAUGUAUCUGUAGUUUCAAAAAUAAUCCAGAUUGUGGCUUUAAUGUGUCAUCUUGCUGUGACUUACUGUUCUUAUGUGCCUAAAAACAGCUAACAUACUGUAUCUCAUUGGAGUAUGGGGUUGCAUUUUUGUUUCGUUUGAUUACUUUAUUAUUUUAAUUUUAAUUGUGUCUGUGUCUAUUUCUGGCUCUUCUGCUAAUGAGUCUGAGUGAAGCAUCUCCCUCAUUUAUAAUCCACAGGGACAUGUAGCACAUAAACCAUAAUACAGACCAGGUCCAGCUACACAGACAGCUGUUAAAACACUGUGACACCAGAAAACAAGAGGCAGACCGGCAGAAAAUGCCACUUGUUUUGUUAAAUUUUAAUUUUGGAGCACCUCCAUUCUUUCCAUACUCAUCUAGUCAGUAUAGAACAAGCUUGAGGAGGAUGACAAAUGUAGAGUGAUUUGAAUCAAUUGUGACUGAUGCAAGACAUGACCACAAACAGACUAUUAUCACUGAUUUACCUUUUUUCCCCCUCCAUAUUGCUGGUAUAAACCUAGAUCACAUGCAUACAUUCUGACACCAUAUAAUUUGUUUUGUCAAAAUCAAACAAGCGUGUGGGUGAAAAAAUAGCAAUAUUAGCAUUAUAAAACUUGUACGUUUCUGAAUGUAACUGUAAAAGCAGUGACUUGAAAUAUCCAAAUGUUGGUUUUAAGAGCAAGACACUGAGCUUGUUGCUGAAGGGAAGUUUUUGGUAUCACUGACCCAGUUCCAGCGUCCAUCUUCGGGAACACCGAUCAGACAUUUUGUACACUUUCUGUAAAUCUUAACUCGGCUAUAUUUGAAAAGAGAGCAAGUACCACUAACCUCACACACACUUUCAGGCAACAGAAACACCUCUGUAAUUUCAUUUGUCCGAUCCCUCGUACAGCAUUUUGAUCCCUCCUGUACUCGGGCACUUAUGCUGAAUCAUGCAGGUGUCGAUUAAAGUCUGGAGUUGGACGUUGGGACUGGGCCACUGACUGCUUGUCUGACGGACAGUGAGUGUAUAGACAAAAUGGCUGGCUCUGAUGCUGGCAGUGAUUUGUUGAAAUCCUUAAUGAUUAAGGGGUUAAACUAGCAAUGUUAUCGAGUGGGAGAUUAAUAAUCAUUAAAUAUAUUUAUUAAAUACUUGGAUUGUUAGAAGCACGCAUAUAACUGAAUGUCCAUUGUACAUGUUUUAAGUGAAGGACUUUUGCAGAUUGUAUUUAUAUUUUGAACUGACAUUGACACUGACAUUUUUAAUCAUUUGUCAUUGGAUGGUUUAUGUUGUUAUGGUUAAAUGAUUGCUAUUUCACUUCUGGCACUAGUAAAAUGGCUUCAUAGAAACAUUUCCAGUUAAAACAAUGGGUACAGGUAGAUGUCUACAGGCUUACAGUACAUUGAUGCUGCCCAUUAUUUCAUAACAGUUGCACAUUUAAGAGAAAAAAAACAAUCAAGACAGACAUUUACAGUAUUUAGGAAUGAUACCAAGUGCUAAGACUGAAGCGACAAGGAGUUGGUGUGUUUGUGUGUGUGCUUGUUUUUUUCUGUGUGUCAACUGAAUCAUCUGAAUGUAAGUUAUUACAAACAGUAAUCCUGCUGUAGGGCCAUAUAUUUGUGUACAGUAUGUUGAUUUCUGUUGAUAUUUUUCAGUUUGUGUUAACCUCAGAAGGGGAACGAUUACAUUGUAAAUGAAUGCAACACAAAUAGUCAUGCUAACUUUUUUUUUUUCAAAGAUAAACUGUAACAGUAGAACAAAAACACAGGGAAUUAAGUUGUUUAUUUUAGUAAAGAGGAAAAGAAUCUUUUCUGUUCAGGGACUGAAGUGUUCUAUUCUACAGAACAGAGUGUACCGUCAAUAAAAAUAAAUACAUAAAGAC